CACAAGCACAGCAAUGGCUGCCACAGCCCAAAACGUAAAUAUAACCAUGUCCCAGACGCCUGAAACAGUAAAAAGCGUACCUGCGAUUGCCAGAACUCAUACAGUGCCCAGCAGCACACCUGCAACAGCACAGACCAACGUGAUCAUCACAACCUUCAACCAAACCAGAUCUACAAGUCCUGAUAGAGCAUCCCAAAGUCCAGCAACAUCUACAGCAACGAGGGUGCCAAGCACCGUACAAUCCUCAACUGUGGAAAACAGACCCUUGACUACAGCCACUCCAGACGCUAGCCUGUCCACACUUGGAAAAAGCACAAGCGUGACCACGGCAACUGAAAACAACACCAAAUCCGCAACCAGCCCAAUCCUGAACACUGCAAUGGCCGCCACAGCCCAAAACGUAAAUACAAUCAUGUCUCUGAUGCCUAAAACAGUGACAAGCAUACCUGCAAUUGCCAGAACUCAUACAAUGCCCAGCAGCACACCUGCAACAACACAGACCAAUGUGAUGAUCACAACCUUCAACCAUACCAGAUCCACAAGUCCUGAUACCGCAUCCCAAAGUCCAGCAACAUCUACAGCAACGACAGUGCCGAGCGCCACAAAAUUCUCAACCGUGGAAAACCGACCCCUGACUACAACCACUCAAAACACGAGCCUGUCCACACUUGGAAAAAGCACAAAUGUGACCACAGCAACUCAAAGCGCAACCAAAUCCACAACCAGUGCAGUCCCGAGCAAUGCAAUGGCAAGGGCAAGCACAGCAAUGGCCGCCACAGCCCAAAACGUAAACACAACCAUGUCCCAGAUGCCUGAAACAGUGAAAAGCGUACCUGCGAUUGCCAGAACUCAUACAAUGCCCAGCAGCACACCUGCAACAGCACAGACCAACGUGAUCAUCACAACCUUCAACCAAACCAGAUCUACAAGUCCUGAUAGCGCAUCCCAAAGUCCAACAACAUCUACAGCAACUACGUCCAGCAACAUUUACAGCAACCGCACAAUCCUCAACUGCAGAAAAGAGACCCCUGACUACAGCCACUCCAGACACGAGUCUGUCCACACUUGGAAGAAGCACAAGCGUGGCCACGGUAACUCAAAAUGCAACCAAAUCCUCAACCAGAGCAAUCCCGAGCACUGUAAUGGUAACGGCAAGUCCAGCAACAUCUACCACAACAAUGACGCCGACCACCACACAAUCCUCAACCGCAGAAAACAGACCCCUGACUACAGCCACUCCAGACACAAGCCUGUCCACACUUGGAAAAAGCACAAGCGUGGCCACGGUAACUCAAAAUGCAACCAAAUCCUCAACAAGCACAAUCCCGAGCACUGCAAUGGCAAUGGCAAGCACAGCAACAUCUACAGCAACGACGGUGCCGAGCGCAGCACAAUCCUCAACCCUGAAAAAUGGACCCCUAACUACGGCCACUCCAGACAUGAGCCUGUCCACUCUUGGAAGAAGCACAAGCGUGACCACGGCUACUCAAAACACAACCAAAUCCACAACCAGCGCAAUGCCGAGCGCUGCAAUGACAACGGCAAGCACGGCAAUGGUUGCCACACCCCAAAACACGUAUACAACCAUUUCCCAAACUUCUGA